GAUACUAAGAAUAAUCGAUUGUUGUUGCUCCAGCUGUUGUGUUCGGUCGGAAAAAUGUCUUCGACGUUAAUAAAAUGCUUUAAUUUGGCAAAAACUGUGGGAAAUGCGACAGUCAAGAGCUUUCUGGCAGCUCCUAAGCAGCCAUGGCAGGCCUGCAGAAAAUGGGUUUUGGCCAGAAAAAGGGGUCAAAUUUCCCAUAGUGCGCCGCAUGUUCAAAUGCCGAUGCAGAUGCACACUUCCCCAGUUCGCCGGGAUCUGAUGGAGUUCUUCGACGACAAGAAGAACUGGAGCGAGAACGAGGUGAAGGUGGGCCGCGCCUGGCGCACGGAGGAGCUGCGCAUCAAGUCCAACAAGGAGCUGCACCAGCUGUGGUUCGUGCUCCUCAAGGAGCGCAACAUGCUGCUGACCAUGGAGCACGAGUGCAACGACAAAAUGGAAGUCUUCCCUAGUCCGGAGCGUAUCGACAAGGUGAAAAUCUCCAUGGAAAACCUCGAGACAGUAGUGAGGGAGCGCAACAAGGCGUAUCACCUGCUGGAAACAGGUGAAACGGGUGAACGGCCCCAGAAGGCGGUGAAGAACGCAUUUGGCCUGCAGGUAUCAUACAAAUCUUGCGAGCACGCCUUGCCGCCCUUCAUGAACCUCAAAUGGAUCAAAUCCCGCAACAUUGGCUUUGGCGGCAGAGCUGUGAACAGAUUCCUCCUGAAAUACAGGGAGAAACUCUACAAUGCCAAGCGCAAGGCGAAGAACCGCUCCCGUAACGAAGUUAUGAUGAUCCUGCGUCGCAACCCCAACUUCGACUUGAAUGUGCUGCGUCGCCAGUUCCCCGAUGUCAACGUGGACAAGCUGUGCAACGAGGAUAAGAUUCGUGGUCACUAUGUGCCCAAAGUUGGCGUAUGAGCUACCAAGCGGCAGUUAUUUAGUUAUUAAAACAACAUAAUACCAUCGA